GCAAAGAGUAUAAGACCAAUUUGGGUUUGGAGAGAGUGAGAGCCACUUCGAAAAGCUUCUCUCAUUAUCUUCUUCGCAUCUUAUAGAUUUUACGUCUCGUACUCUGUUUCGUAGCUCAAGAAAGACGAUUGAUCUCUAAUUUCCUCAAGAUUCUCAAUAAGAUUUGUGAGAUGAAGCUUUUGGAUCUGUUCAUAACCUCGUCGAUACCAGUUGUGAAGAUUCUGGUGAUCACAGCAAUCGGAUUUUACUUGGCUCUCGAUCGAGUUAACAUUCUCAAUCAAGAUGCUAGAAAACACCUCAACAACAUAGUUUUCUAUGUGUUUAGUCCUUCACUCGUUGGAAGCAGUCUAUCUGAGACUAUUACUUAUGAAAGCAUGGUGAAGAUGUGGUUCAUGCCAAUCAACGUUCUGCUCACAUUCAUCAUUGGCUCGUUUCUAGGUUGGAUUGUUAUCAAAAUCACUAAACCUCCUUCUCAUCUCCAUGGCAUCAUAGUUGGUUGCUGUGCUGCUGGAAAUUUGGGAAAUAUGCCACUCAUCAUCAUCCCAGCUAUAUGCAAUGAGAAGGGAAGUCCUUUUGGAGAUCCUGAGACUUGUGAGAAAUAUGGUUUAGGUUAUAUUGCACUCUCAAUGGCGGUUGGAGCCAUUUACAUAUGGACUUAUGUAUACAAUCUUAUGAGAAUGCUAGCAAAUCCGGACAGGGAAACACCAAUACUCGGUACCUCCUCUACAAUGCCUCUGAUUCCUCCCAAACACGUUGAGGAACAGUUUGGAACUUGGAGCAAGAUCAAGCAAAGAGUAUGUUCUGCAGCAGAGAAAAUCAAUCUACGAACAAUAUUUGCUCCUUCGACUAUUGCAGCGCUAAUUGCGCUUGCGAUUGGGCUUGUUCCUACACUAAGGAAGCUACUAGUCGGCAACACAGCUCCACUAAGAGUGCUUGGGGAAUCGGUAUCUCUAUUGGGGGAAGGUGCCAUUCCUCUUCUGACUCUGAUUGUAGGAGGAAACCUUCUCAGAGGUCUGAGGGGAUCAGGUAUACAAAGGUCGGUCAUAUUGGGAGUGGUGGUUGCGCGUUACGUGUUGCUGCCAAUAACAGGUGUUUUAAUAGUGCAAGGAGCGCAUCACUUGGGUUUGGUUACAUCCGAACCGCUCUACCAGUUUGUUCUUCUACUUCAGUAUGUUGUUCCACCGGCAAUGAAUCUUGGUACAAUCACUCAACUAUUCGGGUCAGGAGAAAGCGAAUGCUCUGUGAUUCUCUUCUGGACUUAUGCUUUGGCUUCGGUUUCUCUCACCGUCUGGCCAACAUUUUUCAUGUGGCUUGUAGCCUGAACACACACACACACACACAUACAUACACAAAGGGUGCAAAUCUCUGUUUUGAUUAGAGCAAU